AUGGCGUCGGGGAACAAGAAGGGCUAUGGCGCCGACACCCCAGCUCAUAGGGAGUACAAGUACUCCCAGGAGAUAUCGCAGAUGAUGUUCGUCUUCGGCGAGGUCCAGGACCCGAACCCCGAAACCGUCAACCUGGUCGAGGACAUCGUCCGGAGUCAACUUAUCGAGCUCAUCUUGCAAGCUCGUGCCCUUGCGAACCGGCGGGGAGCUCGACACUUGUCCGCAGAAGACCUCAUCUUCCUCAUUCGACACGAUCGUGCGAAGGUCAAUCGGCUGCGGACAUACCUCUCAUGGAAGGAUGUCCGGAAGCACGCGAAGGACUCGGACGCCACUGGCGGUGGUGGUGUAGAGGUCGAGCAGCUGGAGGAUGGGGCAGACGACAAGCUCACCGCGAAGGCGCAGAAGAUCACAAUCAAGCUGCCUUGGGAGAUCAUCAACAUGUUCUCCGACGUACUCCCAACGGACGACGAAGAGGACGAGGACGACAUCGAGGCUCACGAAGCCUCGAUCCAGCGACUCAAGGAGGCCGACGACGCCACACGGCAGAUGACGCGAGAGGAGUACCAGCACUACUCCGACUGCCGACAAGCCUCCUUCACGUACCGCAAAGCCAAGCGGUUCAAGGAGUUCCUCAACCUCCCCGCCUCCCUCGACUUCAAGACCGGCGACGACACCGUCGACAUCGUCGGCUUCCUCGCCUUCGAGAUGGUCCGCGCGCUCACGAUCGCCGGCCUCGAGGUCAAGCGGUCGCUCGAGGACUCCUUCGUGCGCGACACCCACGCCGGCUCCUCGCCGCUCCUCGGCAAGCGCAAGGCGCGCGACCUCGGCCUCGGCGGCGACGCGAAGCGCAUGCGCCGCGAGGGGAGCCCCGAGCUCGACGCGGACACGCCCCUCCCCGUCUGCGGCCUGUUCCUGCCCCCGACCGAGGCGCGCACGGCGCUCCGCCCGGAGCACAUCCAGGACGCGUUCGCGCGCAUGCAGGGCGACUGGGCGCAGCGGCGGUCCGCGGGGAUGCGCAACUUCCGGGGCGGGCUCGUGCGGACUACGGUCAGUCUCAUUUGA